AGACGAUCCGAGGUCGCACGUACAAUGCGAGCAGGCGAGCAGCAGCUUUUAGAGGUCUCGGUCAGCUGCGCGGGGGCCAGUGCUCCAGUGGGUUGUGCCGCAUAGGAGGAAAGAAGCGGAGGAAAAAAAGUGUGUCAUCCGGAGCUGGCGAGGAAAGGCGGCCAGCGAACGGAGCGAAAACAUGGACGGCCUGCUGAGAGAUCGUCUCACCAUGCUGGCCGCACUGGGCACGGGUGUCGUCGUUGGCAUCAGCGGCAUCUACCUCUACUACCGGCUCAACCGCACGGUCAGCCGCGAGCUGAGCAGCCUGGCGUGCAGCAUCGCCGACCUCCGAAGAGAGAUCGAGCAGCUGAGGACCGAGGAAAGGGGCGAGACGCCCGUGAAGUCCGACUCCGUGCCGUUACAGCAUUCCCUGCGCGAAGACGACGAAGAUGACGAGUACUACGACUUCACCGACGUCGAGGACGCCUCGUGGACGGGGCUGCGCGAGGCUGGAGACAGUGCGUGGCUCGACUCGCUCGAUGCCGAGCUGGACCGGCCUGGGGACAAGCAAGCGCUGCUCAACAGCAUGCUGGCUCGCGAGUCACAGUAUUCCCGCUCGUGCGCUUACUUCUGGCGGCUUGCCAAGGCAUCGCACCUGUGCGGCUUGCAGAUGAAGCCUGGCCGCGCUAAGGAAGAGCUCGCUCGUCAAGCAUUUGCCCGUGCCCAGCAGGCCCUGCGGCUAGACGAGUCCAGCCCAGAGGCACACAAGUGGUACGCCAUAACACUCGGUGCACUCUCCGAGUACGUCAGCACCCAGGAGAAGAUUGAGAAUGGCUACCGCUUCAAGGAACACGUGGACACAGCAGUGCGGCUCAAGCCCCAGGACCCAACGCUGCACCACAUGCUGGGCCGCUGGAGCCUCGAGGUCGCAACACUUUCUUGGUUGGAGCGCAAGCUGGCCGGUGCCCUCUACAGCCGUCCACCAGACUCGACUGCGCAGGAGGCACGAGCCCACCUUUUGGCGGCUGACAAGCUGCGGCCAGACUGGAAGGAAAACCUGCUCUACAUUGCCAAGACGUACAUCUGUGAAGGGCAUUACGGACCUGCCAUGGCGUGGAUUGACCGUGCCGCAGCCCUUCCUGUCGUGGACCCUGGUGACGACACCGUGCAAAAGGAAGUGGAAAACCUGCAGCAGCAGUACCAACGUUACCGGCCAUGAACAAGGCUCUCCCUCAUCGGACGACGUAACACCCCGUUCACGAGAGCUACCACAUUCGACCAUGAAUGGGGUUCGCUGUUGCCUCUGUAUGCCGAAAAACGGAAGUGUCGGACGAGAAGAGGCAUCUACUACAUUAGACACUCUUCAGUGACACAUGUCCCGUUGUGAAUACGCAACCGUUGUUUAAAUCUUGGGGGUAACCAUGGAAGGGCGUGACUUGGCGCGUUAUAACACUGGCACGGCACCUAGAGUGUUCUUACGUAAGACUUCUUGCUCGCUAUUUACUACCUUUCACAAGGCCAGUGGUCAUGCCGAGGACAUUACAGCCCUUUAAAGGUCUGUGCCGUGCGCGUAAUGGUGGAGAUGUGAGCAGAGACGGGCGUCGACGUUUGCUCUGCGCCUCUGCAGUGCCGCAUCUUAUGUUUGUUUUUGUUUCGAGAUGACCUUUUUUUAUCCACGCUCGACCAACGGCUUGGAACCCCUACAUGGUGCUGGGAAAGUCAACUAUAUAUACACAUGUUAAUAUCUGUUGUUUAGCUGAGGUAUGGGAUCAUUAUUUCUGACGUUACAACAUGGUUAUUCUUUGUUACGUGACUUCUCUCUUACAUUCUUACAUACCGUGCUCGUAUAUGCCCGAGCUGCGUGGUAAUGCCGUUUUGCCUCAUUUCACGUCGCCUUGCCGGGCACAACUUGAAGGUCUCGUGCUGCGCAAGGGAUAAAGGGCGGCGAAAUGGCACGGUAGUGUGACGACAGUCUUUGUAAACGCUCAGGCUUUGCAGAUGAGUGUUGCAUGGUAUAACAGCUUCAGCGCAAUAUGGACAAGUGAUAUUACAAGCAGCAACACAAGGGCAGUGCUGCCAGUUGUUUAACACUACCAGAAGUAUACUUUAUGUUGUGACCUUCUUUACAUAUUACAUCUGUGCAACACUGAAGCUAUUGCAUUAUAUCUUGUAGGCUUAUAUUUAUGCCGCUUAGCUGUCAAUUCUUAUAAUGAAGAGAUAAGAGCACACUGUGAUGCCACGCGUUGUGGUGUAGAUGAUCCUUGUUGAACGAGAACUUGACGACAACUUUUUAACUGUCUCUCAUUUAGGGUCGCUUGACAUUUUUUUUCUUGUUUGUUUCAGACAGCAUGCGAAAAAGCUCUUCUGGAGCAGUUACAAGGACAGUUUUCGAUAAAAAUGCACAUUUGACAGCACUCAUGACAGAAGGAUUGAGUAUUAUCGAGCACUAGUACUGUGUCCAAAUAGAAUAGCUUUCAUUCAGUGAAAGUUUAAACAUAACUCGCUG